GAUUUUUCUCAUGGCCUUGAGAGUUCAGAAAUCUCCUGUGUUUUCUCUCUUGCUCUUAUCCGUGGAAAACCAUCUUUGAAGAUAUUUGUUACUCCAAUUGGCAGACCAAACCGAACCAAGCCAUGGCAAGUUCUCCAACCGCCAUCUCUGCACUUAAUUUCACUAACCCAAUACUGCCCAGAAGGCCUUCUUCACCUUCCAUGUUAAUCCCGAGAGCCAUGGCCAAAGAGCUUUACUUCAACCGCGACGGUUCAACCACAAGGAAGCUUCAGGCAGGGGUGGACAUGGUGGCUGAGCUGGUUGGGGUGACUUUGGGUCCCAAGGGAAGGAAUGUAGUAUUGCAGAACAAGUAUGGACCCCCAAAAAUUGUAAAUGACGGUGAAACUGUUCUCAAAGAGAUUGAAUUGGAGGACCCUUUGGAGAAUGUUGGAGUUAAAUUGGUGAGACAGGCUGGUGCCAAAACAAAUGACCUUGCUGGCGACGGUUCCACCACUUCAGUCAUUCUUGCCCAGGGUCUGAUUGCUGAAGGUGUGAAGAUUAUUGCUGCUGGUAUGAAUCCUGUUCAAGUUGCUCGUGGGAUUGAGAAGACUGCAAAUGCCCUUGUGUCUGAACUCAAACUAAUUUCCAGAGAGGUUGAAGAUCAUGAAAUAGCACAUGUUGCUGCAGUUAGUGCGGGCAAUGAUUAUUCAGUGGGAAACAUGAUUGCUGAUGCUCUUCGUCAAGUGGGAAGGAAGGGAGUAGUGACAAUAGAAAAAGGGAAAUGCACCGAGAACAAUCUACAAAUUGUAGAAGGAAUGCAAUUUGAUCGUGGAUAUUUGUCCCCAUACUUUGUAACAGAUCGACAAAAGAUGACAGUGGAGUUCCAUAACUGCAAGUUACUUUUGGUUGACAGAAAAAUCACAAACCCAAAGGAGAUGUUUGGAAUACUGGACAGUGCAGUUAAAGAGAAGUAUCCCAUUGUGAUAGUUGCAGAGGGCAUUGAGAAGGAAGCUCUAGCUCCAGUAAUCAGAAAUAAACUAAGGGGUGUGCUGAAGGCAGCUGCUAUUAAGGCUCCAGCCUUUGGUGAGCGCAAGAGCCACUACUUAGAUGACAUUGCCAUCUUGACUGGAGGCACUGUAAUCAGAGAUGAGAUGGGGUUGAGCCUUGAAAAGGCUGGCAAGGAGGCAUUGGGCUCAGCUUCAAAGGUUGUGAUAACUAAGGAUUCUACACUAAUAGUUACAGAUGGGAGCACCCAUGAAUUUGUUGAAAAGCGGGUUUCUCAACUCCAGGAGCUUGUUAAGAACUCUGAAGAAAAAUUUCAAAAGAAGUUAUUGAGUGAGAGAAUUGCUAGGUUGUCAGGGGGAAUUGCUAUUCUGCAGGUAGGAGCACAAACACAAGUUGAGUUGAAGGAUAAACAACUCAGGAUUGAAGACGCUUUGAAUGCAACCAAGGCAGCAAUUGAGGAAGGUGUGGUAGUUGGUGGGGGCUGUACCCUUUUGAGGCUAUCUACAAUGGUAGAUGGUAUCAAACAACACUUGGACAAUGAAGAACAGAAGUUCAUGCAGGUAUUCUCAGGCAAUCGCAUAUCAUUUUCUAUCAAUGUCUUUUCAGUGUUGCAAUCUUGCAAUUAUUUCCCACUGAAUGCACAUAAAGACUGUAAUGUUAUAUAUGGAAGUGCAUUGCAGAUUGGAGCUGAGAUCUUUAAAAGAGCUCUGAGUUACCCUGCUAGAUUGAUAGCCAAAAAUGCAGGUGUAAAUGGAAAUCUGGUGAUUGAAAAGGUUCUGUCUAAUGAUGAUAUUAGGUAUGGAUACAACGCUGCAAGAGACUGUUAUGAGGAUUUGGUAAAGGCUGGAAUCAUCGAUCCAUCAAAGGUGGUUAGAUGUUGUUUGGAGCAUGCUGCAUCCGUAGCCAAGACUUUCCUGACAUCCGAUGCUGUUGUAGUUGACAUUAAAGAACUAGAGCCCAUCCCAAGGAGACCACCAAUGCCACCCAUCCCAAGGAGACCAUCAAUGCCAACCUCAGGUAUCAACCCAAUCGGCUUUUAGUUUGGUCGGUGGCCAUACACACCAAGGCAGCUCUUACAGAAGUAACAAGAGUCAUCAUAAAAAUUCAAAGGUUUACCCAUACAAUGGUGCCGAUGUUCAAUACCAGAUUUGCCAGGGUAGCCAAUUACAAUUAAGUUCCUUCACAACGAGUGGGUAUUUGACACAAGAAAACAAGCAUAUCCUCUGCGAAUUUGUUGCAGAUAGGACAUGUUAAUCUGAAGAGGAAUCUGAGAAGAUAAAGGUGGCUGGCUAGUUUAGCUCACUUCUGAAAUGGAAAUGUUGCUGUACCGGUGAUGUUGCUUUCCUAGCUAAUGACGGAGGCUGGUUUUUGGUGUGGAAUUGGAAAUUGAGCCUCAAAGUCGAAGGAACAUGCAGAAGUUAUCUUAAAGUGCACUGUCCCAAAAUUUGUUCAGAAAAGCAUAUAUUUGUAGGCUUGUUCUGUCAUGUUACGUAUUAAUAAAGAGCAAUGUUGCAUACAGUUUCCACAA